AUGAGCUUCAUCCUUUCCACCUUCAGGAGGAUGAUAGAAACAUGCACUGUCUCCACCUUCCAACCCAACAAUAGCAGUGUGAAAUGGCAUAAUGAAUGCCAAGACAGAGCAUUUCCAGAGAGAGAUAUGGAGAACAAGCAGGAUGGAAACUCAGGGGGCUGGUUCAGGGUCACGAUUCCUUACGGAAUAAAGUAUAACAAGACAUGGAUAAUAAAUUCGAUACAAAGCCAUUGCAGUGUCCCCUUCACCGUGGUUGAUUUCCAUUACUUAAAAGACGGGGCCCAGUUCUUUAUCCAGGAUGCUUGUGCUGCCUCUGCAUUGAAAGAUAUCAACUGCAAGAUUUCUGAUGAGGAAAAUCAAAAGCUAUCUAUACAUGUCAGUCCCUCUGCUGUACCCUACUCUGUACAGAAUAAAUUGGAUCCAGAAGAAAUGGAGCAGCUAAAGCUGACCAUGAGCAAACACUAUGAUAUCUCCCAAAAAGCUCUUGACCUCCAUAAACUCCGCUUUGACCCAGAGUUGAUGGACCAUGAUAUGGAUAUAAUCCUGAAUCGAAGAAACUGCAUGGCUGCCACCCUGCAGGUCAUCAAAGAGAAUUUCCCCGAACUCUUGUCCUUGAACUUAUGCAAGAACAAACUGUACCAGCUGGAUGGCUUGUCUGACAUUGUGGAGAUGUCCCCUACAAUCAAGAGUCUGAACCUCUCAAAAAAUGAGGUGCAGUCAGUCUGGGAGUUAUGCAAGAUAAAAGGGCUGAAGCUUGAAGAGCUGUGGCUGAAAGGGAACCCUCUGUGCAACACUUUCCCAAACCAGUACACCUAUGUAAGUGCUAUCAGGGAUUGUUUCCCCACAUUGUUACACCUGAUAAGUGCCUACAUUCAUCAUUGUCUCCUCUUUUUAACAGCUGGCCAGGUGUUACCAGCAAUAACUGUAAUUUGCACUGAAGCCCCCCAAAUAAUAAAGCAUUGUAAGGAAAGCUAUAAAGGAUCCGAGAUUCUUAAGAAUCUAAUCCUUCAAUUCCUGCUUCACUAUUACUUGAUCUUUGACUCUGGAGACCGAUAGGGUCUCCUCAAUGCUUACCAUGAUGAGGCCUGUUUCUCCCUGACCACUCCCUUCAACCCUGAAGAUGCAGCCUUAAAUGGCUUAGAAGAAUACUUCAAGGAUAGCAGGGAUAUUAAGAAGGUCAAGGACCCUGUCCUGCGAGUUCUACUGCUAAAGCAUACAAAAUAUGACAUUGUUGACUCCCUCAAUAUGUUGCCCAAAACUCAGCAUGACCUUAACUCCUUUGUGGUCGACCUGAGCGUCCAGACGGAACAAUGCUCGUUUUUUUCUGUCAAUGGGGUUUUUAAGGACAUAGAAGGAAAUUCUCAAGGUUCUGUCCAUGCUUUCACUCGGACCUUCAUCUUGACUUCUGAUAGCAAUUCCAGUCUAUGCAUUGUGAAUGAGCUGUUCGUGAGAGAUGCCACCCCUGGUGAGACUCAGAGUGCAUUCUCCAACCAAGAGACCUUCAGCUCCAUGCCUACCCUCUCCCAGGAGCAGCAGGAAAUGGUCCAUGCUUUCUCCACUCAGUCUGGGAUGAAACUUGAGUGGUCUCAAAGUAAGUGCCUUCAGGACAAUGAGUGGAACUACACCAGAGCUGGUCAGGUCUUCACUGUGCUCCAGGUGAGCAAGAUCCCAGAGGAGGCCUUCAAACAAAUCACCUAAAAGAAGCCUUGGAUGUCCACAUCAUCAUUGUUCCUCUUUUCUCCGGCCUAUGCCCAUGCCCAUGACUGGGAAAAGAGGCCUGGCUGACCA